UGUCGUGUUAUUUCCCACUUAAAGAGACACCGUAUGAAAUAUGUAUAUUAUAAAUAAAAUCAUAAUUAAUCAAGUAGCUACUCCUUCUUUGAGACCGCUAACUCAAUUAGCGCAAACUUCAUUUGUAAUAUGUGAAAAGGAGUUAAGUGGAAAUUAGCUUUGGAUUCAAAGAAAAGCCGUGCAAUAAAUUUAUCCUGGUCGCGGACAUUCAUCUUCCCAUCACGCACGUUCCUUCCACCACCAGAUCAUUAACAUUCUCUCUCAAACACUACAUCUACCAGGUGCUCAAAUGAAAAACGUGAUAGCUCCCUGGCUCACCCUCUAACCUUUCCCUGAAUCAGUUGCUAGGUCUUGUGUAUUCUACCUGUCAAAACUACUCUCUGUCUCCAUCAUUAACACCUGGACUAGCCUGUGAAUUGGUCUCCCUACCCCCACAGUUGCUGCCUUCAAUUCAUUCUCCUACAGACCGUCAUUAGUCAAGAAUUGCAAGCAAUGCAUGUGUUACGAAGGGAUGUUUGGAGAACUAUGGAAGCCCAUAGUGAUAAAACCCCAAGCACAGAAGUUCGGGAUUAAGGGGGGUUUGGCUGCAGAGCCAGAGGAAUAUCAUAUAUUUUUGCCUUGAUCUUGAUAGUUUCUGAAUUGGAGGGGAAAUGCUGUUGGGGUUUUUGUUUUGUUUGAGUCUCCUUAAAGAGGUGCCAUUGUGACUGGUCUUCCAACCACUUUGCAUACCGCAUUGUAUGGAAAUGACUGUGUAACCUUAGGGAAAUCUCUUUAUUUCCCUGGGCCUUGGUUUCCCCAGUGGGAACAUUAUUAGUAGAAUCAGAUCAUCUCUUUGGUCCUUCCAAUUCCAAAAUUCUGUGAUUUUUUUUUUUAGGCAUGAAUUAUAGCCAGAAAAGUGGUGUUAAAAGGCAGACAGCACUCCAGUGGAGAUUAAGUUACUGCUCUGGUUCACAGGCCUAGAUUUGUUUCCCAAAACCUUCAACACCUACAGACUCCUGCUUGUCAAGAUAAAACCUUCCCUGCCUAAUAGGAAGUCCCAUGAAGGAGCUACCAAGUCUGUCUGGACUGUUGUAUCCCCAGGGCCAAGUACACGUUGGAUACUCAAUGUUUAUUGGUUUGAAUGCAGAAGAUAAAUUCGUAUUUUAAUGAAGUGGUUUUCAACUCUGUGCCACUAAGAAACAUUUUAAGUUCUCGCUCCUCCAGGCUGCUCCAUUAUCCAAGUAUUUAUAUUGUCUUUGCAUUGCCUGUAAUUAGUUGUUUUGGUGUUUAUCUUUCCUCCUAGACUUUAUUUCAGGGCAAGAAUUCUUAUUCCUGCUUGUGUCCCCAGCAUGUUCAGCCCAUAACAAGGAGCCAGCACUCUUUCAGUGAGGCACAUUAAUAGUGAAGACAAGCUUUGCACUUUAGAGACUGUAUGAGAAAAUACAUGCAGUAACCACUAGAUAAAAGAAGGAUGUAAGUCAGAAUACAGCAGAAAAUGUCCACUGAACGAACUUCUUGGACAAGUUUGUCCACUAUUCAGAAAAUAGCGCUGGGCCUCGGGAUCCCAGCCAGUGCAACAGUUGCCUAUAUCCUAUACCGCAGGUACAGGGAGAGCAGAGAAGAACGGUUGACAUUUGUUGGGGAGGACGACAUCGAAAUAGAGAUGCGAGUUCCCCAGGAGGCCAUAAAGCUCAUCAUUGGCCGGCAAGGAGCCAAUAUUAAACAGCUGCGGAAACAGACAGGUGCUCGGAUUGAUGUGGACACAGAGGAUGUAGGCGAUGAACGGGUGCUGCUUAUCAGUGGGUUUCCUGUGCAGGUGUGCAAGGCCAAAGCAGCCAUCCAUCAGAUCCUGACAGAGAAUACCCCUGUGUCUGAGCAGCUUUCUGUUCCACAGAGAUCCGUGGGCAGGAUCAUAGGGAGGGGUGGCGAGACAAUUCGUUCUAUCUGUAAAGCCUCUGGAGCCAAAAUUACCUGUGACAAAGAAUCAGAGGGGACGCUACUACUAUCAAGGCUUAUAAAAAUCUCAGGAACACAGAAGGAAGUGGCAGCAGCCAAGCAUUUGAUACUAGAGAAAGUUUCAGAAGAUGAAGAACUUCGGAAGAGAAUUGCUCAUUCUGCAGAAACCAGAGUCCCACGCAAGCAGCCAAUCAGUGUAAGAAGAGAGGAAGCGAUAGAGUCUGGUGGAGCUGGAGAGCCAGCUUUGUGGAAGAGCACUGAUACUGGUGACGGGCCGGAGCCAGCUACACCACUGAGAGUUCCUCCCCGAAAAGGAAGCGGUGACAUGGCUGUCGAAGGGCCAGAAGGUGCUUGGGAGAAACCUAAUGGGGGCAGCUUUCAGAAAUCUGGAGCCCAGACCAGUCCAGAGAUGUCCAUGUUUGAAAUCCCUAGUCCUGACUUCAGUUUCCAUGCUGAUGAGUUCCUGGAAGUCUACGUGUCUGCCUCUGAACACCCUAACCACUUCUGGAUCCAGAUCAUUGGCUCCCGCAGUCUGCAGCUGGAUAAGCUUGUCAGUGAGAUGACCCAGCACUAUGAGAACAGUCUACCUGAAGACUUGACUGUGCAUGUGGGAGACAUUGUAGCAGCACCUCUACCUACAAAUGGCUCCUGGUACCGAGCUCGGGUCCUUGGCACUUUGGAGAAUGGGAACCUGGACCUGUACUUCGUUGACUUUGGAGAUAAUGGCGAUUGCCCACUGAAGGACCUCCGGGCACUCAGGAGUGACUUCCUAAGUCUUCCAUUUCAAGCAAUAGAAUGUAGUCUGGCACGGAUCGCCCCCUCAGGUGAACAGUGGGAAGAGGAAGCUUUGGAUGAGUUUGACAGACUCACUCACUGUGCUGACUGGAAGCCCCUGGUGGCUAAGAUCUCCAGCUAUGUCCAGACUGGGAUCUCAACUUGGCCCAAGAUUUACUUAUAUGAUACUAGCAAUGGGAAGAAACUUGAUAUUGGGUUAGAAUUAGUUCGUAAAGGAUAUGCAGUUGAACUUCCUGAAGACAUGGAAGAAAACAGAGCCAUCCCAGACAUGUUGCACGAUGUGGCCACAGAAACAGAGGUUUCUCUCGGCAGCAUGCUCGCUGAGACCAGGAAGAGCCCUGGAGAAAUAGCAAAUACCCUGUCCUGCCUCAGCUUGUCAGAAGCUGCCUCUGUAUCUGGUGAUGAUAAUCUUGAAGAGGACUACUUACUGUGAAGUCAGCUGACGCUGUCUGCUGUGCCGUGAUUUGGUGCCUGGAGAGAGGAGCCUAUGAUAAAGGGAUCUAUGCAGUCCUUCCUCCAUUACCUACAUGAUCUGGCUUGCUGUGGACCAAAUGCAUGCUCUCCUUCUGUUGGACUACCACAAAGAGUGUGGGGUGGAGAAGAGGACAAGUACAUGUCCCUUCUCCACCUGCCUGACCCCAUCUUCUUCGAGUUUGCUUCCAGGCUGCUCAGCCUCUGGUCCGCUGCUCUCUGCCAGGCGAUUAUUGUAUGCUUCUGCAAGGCUGUGUCCUUUUUGAGGCUGGAAAGCAGCCAGGUUUUGGUCAGUGGAAGUGAUGAUUCUGCAGACUUCUGACUCACCUCCUCAGGUGACUCUGUUAAUUAAAGGAGGUUUUUGAGUGGUUAGCUCAAAGACCGCAGUUGAGUUGGGAGGCACAGGCACAAAUCAGCAUGAUUAUAUUAAAAUGCCUCAGGAAAUGGGAAGAGAACACUGCCUCCCAGCCUCAACUGCUGAAAUGUUAUUGGAGGUAGGUUUUUUGAAACAGUGCUCCAGCUAUUUCCCUGUUAACUUUGGUUAAAAUACAAGUUAGACAAAGAGAGGGCAUUUCAGGAAAUACUCUAAAGUGCUAGUGUAGUAUCUAUAUGUAUAUACACACACACACCUCCAUGAAGUGAAAGAGAACUUCCAUAGCCAUUUAAAUCAUUUGGGGGAUUCUUUGAUGAAUAAAGUUCUCAAGAAAGA